AUGGCGGGUGCGGGGCUGGCGGCCUACCUGCAGAAGCUUCGGGUCGGCCUGCAGGAGCCCACAUCGGUGGAUCCCGAUGUGGACGACAAGGAGCUGGGCGUGGACGACGCGGCCAAGUUCAGGGAGGAGGAGGACAUGAAGGGCGGAGCUGUGCUGAAGGGCACUGUAGAGCCGGGGGAAGGAGAGGCAACACCGCAGGAGGGAGACUUGGUAUUCUUGCACUACAGCCUGCUGGAUGAACACCGACAGGUACUCCGCUCCACUCUGCACGAGCAUGGCGGCAGCGGCCGGCCGCAGCCGUUUGUGGUUGGGCGCGGGCGGCGAAUGCUGCGCGGCAUGGAGCUGGGCGUGCUAGAGAUGCGGCGAGGGGAGCGGGCCAUGCUAAACAUCAAGCCCGACUACGCUUUCCUGCAUAAGGACAGCGGCCUGCCGCUGCCGCAGGGCCUGCGGAGGGAGGCGCCGGUUGUGGCAGAUGUCACACUCACCAGCUGGUACCCGGGCAGCAGCGUCAAGUGCGUGGGCCCUGCCAGCGAUGUCUUCCUGCGCACGCUGCGGCCAGGGCAAGGCUGGGAGUCACCCCGCCUGCCCUUCGAUGUCUCGCUGCACAUCAACGCACGCACCGGCUCCACCACCGGGCGGCAGGAUGAGGGCGACUCGUACUUCAGCAGUACCAAUGGCGAGCCAUUGGCAUGCCCACUGGGCGCAGGGCAGCUGCCGCCAGGCGUGGAGACAGCCCUGUCAGCCAUGCAGCGGCAGCAGGAGGCGGUGGCGUACUGCCCCACUAGCCAAUUGUACGGCAGCAAGCUGCUGCCUGACCCCCCAGAUGUUGCCGAUGGCACGGCACCGGCGACCGCACAGAGCUAUGCAGAGAUCAAGCUGCAUCUCCUCGACUUUUCGCAGGUGCGGGACAUGACAGGAGAUGGCGCGGUGGUGAAGCGCAUUGUGCGCAAAGGAGAGGGUGAGUUCCCCAUGGACUGCCCCUUGGAAGACAGUAGGGUUCGCGUGCACUACAGGGUGAAAGCACAGGGCGAGGAGCAGUGGUCGCUAGACAGCAGGGAGGAUGGCCAGGCAGCUCCGCUGGAGUUUGACACCGGGAUGGGCGAGGUGCCCGAGUCUGGCUGCAGCAUGGAGUUUGAGGUUGAGCUGAUUGAUUUCGAGAAAGAGCCCACCCAGCAUGCGCUUUCAGGGGCGGAUAAGCUGAAGCAUGCGGCACGGCUCAAGGAACAGGGCAAUAUGCUGUUCAAGCAGGGCAAGACCAAGUUAGCAAGGCAAAAGUACCAAAAGGCCCUCAAGAUGGUGGGGGGCGCACUGGAGCUGGACAGCGAGGAGGAUUUUGCGGCGGCCUCUGCCACCAAGGCUGCCUGCUUGCUCAACCUGGCGCGCUGUGCUGAACGCGAGCAGGAGUGGGGCGAGGCGCUGGGCUGGUGCACCAAAGCAAUCAAUGAGGACGACAGCUACGCCAAGGCCUACUUCCGUCGCGCCGUGGUGGCUGCCUGCCUGGGUGAGUACGAGUCGGCACGUGGUGACCUGGCCAUCUGCGCUGAGCUGGAUGAGUCAACGGCGGAGGAGUGCGAGCAGGAGCUGCAGCGCAUGGAGCGGCAGGAACAAGCAGCGGAGGCCAAGACUCGGGAUGCGCUCAAAGGAUUCUUCAACCGCUAA